UAGCAACCGCAAGGCUGGCUCCCAAAAUCUCCAUACUUCUAUAUUCACGUUUGAUGCAUCUAUUCCGUUCACUACAAUCUAGCAAUAUCUAUAUUUCGCUAUUCCAUUUCUUUCACUAUAGUCUACGGCCCUUUACCAAACAUUAUAUGAAUACGAACAUCUCCUGAUCUUUCAAUUCAUUACUUCAUCCACAAUCGCAACUACCCUCCAACCUCAAACAAAUCGUAUUUCACCCCAAACAUGGCAAACGACACCUACCUAACCGAUGACUAUGUCGCCAACCUCCUAGCUCAAGAUGCCAAGGCUAGCUCUAUAAAAUACUCUUCCAUGGGUCUCGAAGCCUAUGCCAAAGAAUCUAAACCUCCACCCAAUAAACCAAAACCCAAUACCCGUUUUCUACGCAACAUUAUUAGAGAUACGGAUAAUCAUAAUAGCGCACUAUUGGCUAAAGAGGCAGCAGAAGCAAGAGCUAGAUUGGAAGGUUUAUCGAAUGGUGGGAGAGAAAGAAAGGUUGAAAGUAAAGUUGCGCCGGGAGAUAUUAGAAGGAGACAAUUGGGAGAUAUUAAGGCGAUUUUAGGAGGACCAGUGAAGAGGAAACGAGAGGAUUCUGGGAGGAAAAGAAAAGAGGAUUGCGUUCAAAGAGAGGACGGGGUGGAAAAUACGAAGUCGAAGAUUGAGGGAUGGGAGGGUAGUGAUCGUCGAAGUCGUAGGAAGGAUAUAGAUAUUUCUGCGGAAUUGAUAGGUCAUCGAAGAGAGAAUCGAGACGUACGGAAGGGGAGGAGGGAUGAAGAACUUGAUGGUGAUAAACGAAGAUCUAAGGACAGGCGGAGAAAAUAUCAUGAUGAUUCAGGGGAAGAAAAUAAAUCACAGCGAAGAGAAGGAGUACAUCCGAGGAUAAGGAGCGCACAAAGGAUGAUAGGAGGAGACAUAGGGAGAGAUCACGUUCACCUAGAGAACAUCGAAGUAAAGAAUCGAGUUAUAGGGAAAGAGAUCGCUCACCCCGUCGCAACCGGAAACGCUCCCUUUCACCAACCUCAGAAGGCGAAGAAAUAUCAACUCAUAAACCACAUAAACAUUCAUCCUCACGCGCAAAACAACACCCAGACCGAGAGCCAGAACAAUCAUCCGAUUCUGAUCCCCUAGACUCAAUAAUCGGGCCCCGUCCGGCACAUGAAAAACAACCCCUUCGAAUCCGCGGUCGUGGUGCUACUUCCCUCGGCUCAACAUCAAUAAUGGAUUCUCGAUUCCACGCAGACUAUGAUCCAAAAAGUGACGUACAACUUGAAGAUACGAUUCAAGGGGAAGGAGAAGAUUGGGAUCAAGCACUCGAAGCAUUACGCGAUCGACAGAAAUGGAAAACGCAGGGUGCAAAUAGAUUGAGAGAUGCGGGUUUUCGGAAGAGGAAGUUGGGAGACUGGAGGAGGGGAAGAGGAUGUUAGGUGGGAGGGAAUGGGAUAGAGGGAAUAGAGGGAUGGGGAGGUGGGAUUCGAAACUGGAUGGGGUACGAAGGCAACUUCGAAUCAGAGUUCGGAUUUUGGGAGGUUGAAAUAGUUGUUCGUACUUCGUUGGUUGAUUGAAAUGCAGGAUAGAUGCUCGUCUAUCUCCCAUUUUAGAAUUCUAGGAUGAGAUGGAUAUUAUGAGAUGAUAUGUCAUGAGACAGGACACUGCGUCAGUAUAAAAAGCAAGUCAUAAGUCUUACAUCGCUCACGAAGUUAUGAGAUAAAUAACUAUGCAUGAAUUAUCCACUCCUUGGAUAAGUCCCAGUACGAGUAUCAAAUACGUUAUUAUCCCAUCCCUCAA